GUGGCCCGUUCAUCUAAAAAAAAUCCUUUUGUGGCUAAUCACUUAUUAAGUAAAAUUGAGAAGCUCAACAAGGCAGAGGAAAGAAGUAUAAUAGUAACUUGGUCCCGAGCAUCGACCAUUAUAUUUGCAAUGGUCGGUCAUACAAUUGCUGUUCAUAACGGAAAGGAGCAUUUACCUAUUUAUAUAACGGAGCGUAUGGUGGGUCACAAAUUGGGAGAAUUCGCGCCUACUCUGACUUUCCGGGGACACGCGAGAAACGAUAAUAGAUCUCGGCGAUAA